AUGGUUGCCGAGGACGCAAAAAGAAAGAGUGAUGGCCCCCAGGCCGAUGCCAAGCGACAGAAGGGCGACGGCGAUUCCAAGGGCGAAGUCAUGUCGCUGGAGCAGGUCUUAGCCAAGCGCAAGGAGGAGAACAAGGCGCCCAAGCUGAAAUUUGUGUCCAAGAACGACCGUGAAAAGAAUGCUGUAAAAGAAGCAGACAAGCAAAAGGCUGAGCAGAAGAAGAAGGACCGAGACUGCAAAGCCACUCUCAGCUGCCAACAGUUCAGCAAUUUCAAUGAGUUUCAAGUCGAUUUCAGCUGA